AUGGAAAAGGAAGAUCAAAAAUCAGAAAGAAAAACUUUAAAGCAGCAGUUAAGUGAAAACCGAACUAGAAGAUUUCAUGAAUAUCAAAAACGGUUGGAGUCUAAGAAUUCAGCAUAUCUACUUGAUAAGAAUUCUACAAAGUUUUAUGAAGAGUUGAGGCAAAGGGAUUUGGAUGAGGAAAGAAAGAUUAAGCUGCAAGAAGCAAUUGAGCUUCAAAGAUUCAAGCAAUUACGAGAGAGGAAGAAAGCACUGUCCAAACAGACGAAAAAUAUAUCUCUUGGAAGUAUCAGUAAGCCAGCGAUUCUACCUAGGAAGAACCUACAGAAGGCAAGAGAAAACACAUUGGAAAGGCGAUUGCUUGAACAAUCUUCAACCAAAGACGAUAAGGAGGAAGAUAACAGCGAUAGUGGCAAAAAUGGUAUAUUGACUGGAUAUGAAUCUAGUGAAGAUGAAGAUUAA